AUGAAAUCAUUUCAGCUUCCCUCUUUAGGUUUAAAUCUUGGGCUUAAUCUCUCCAACAUCCCUGUUGGAAAUGCGAAAAACGAGAGUCAUAUUGCCUAUUUUUGUGUUCCUUAUUCGAAUCUUACUGAAGAAGAACUCGAAGAGUUAAAGGAGACUGCUGCAGAAAAGUUUGGUGAAGGUGUAACAGUUGUUCAGAUAUCCAAAAUUCCAGAGCAGUAUGCAAUUAUUCCCCCACAAAAUGGAGAAUCUGCCAUCCCCAAUCUUCAAACAAUUGAUGCUGCAUAUCAAGAUGGUGAGCAUCUACCAACAUUUUUAGAUCAAUGCUUAACAGAGCAACAAGCACUUACAAGACAAAUUGAACAAUUAAAUAGUGAUUACGAGGCUCAACAGGCUGAAAAGAUCCAAUUACUAAUUGAAAAUGCUAAAUUGGAAGAAAGAAUCAAAUAUGAGCAAGAAAAACUGAAUUCGAUAUCAAAUUGGACCAAAAACGUCAAAGAGAAAUAUGAUCAAUAUGCCUCCGACAAUUAG